AUGGUGUCAUGUCGAAUUGUCGUAUGGAAUUCAGUAAUAUACGGAAAUCCGAGAUUUCAUGAUACAUGUGAAGAGCGAGAAGUGUGGUUAGGAAGCUCAAAUUCAGGAAGUCGUGGCGAUUGCGGAGCAGAAGCGGUUUCGCUGGAAAGCUGCGCAAGCGUUUUGGAAGCAUCUCGUUUUGAAAGUCUCUAUCCGAUGCCAAUGGCUUCCACUUCUGCAGCAUCCGAAUUUUAUAACGUUGACAUCAACGACACGCGUUUAUGUGUUUUGAAGCGUUAUCAAAAUCUGAAAAUUAUUGGUUCUGGGGCACAGGGUGUCGUUUGUGCUGCUCAUGAUACACUUCGUGACGAACAAGUUGCCAUCAAAAAACUAAGUCGCCCAUUUCAAAACGUGACACACGCUAAGCGAGCUUACAGAGAAUUCAAAUUAAUGAAUUUGAUAAUUGGCUUAUUGAAUGCAUUCACACCCCAGAAAACGCUUGACGAAUUUUCUGAUUUGUACAUAGUAAUGGAACUUAUGGAUGCCAAUUUAUGCCAAGUAAUACAAAUGGACUUGGAUCAUGAACGAAUGUCUUAUUUGUUAUAUCAGAUGUUAUGUGGUAUCAGACAUUUGCAUGCUGCGGGUAUUAUACACCGGGAUCUCAAACCAAGCAAUAUUGUUGUUAAAAGUGACUGUAGUUUGAAAAUACUGGAUUUCGGUUUAGCACGAAGUGCUGGUGACUCAUUCAUGAUGACACCUUAUGUCGUUACACGCUAUUAUCGGGCACCUGAAGUUAUUCUUGGAAUGGGCUAUAAGAGUAAUGAAUGUGUAUUUUUGGCUGAGGUUGUUUUGGCACUGGUUGCAGUUGAUGUGUGGUCAACGGGAUGUAUAUUUGGCGAAAUGAUUCGUGGUAGUGUAUUGUUUCCGGGAAGUGAUCAUAUUGAUCAGUGGACCAAAAUUAUUGAGCAGCUUGGUACUCCUUCAUCAAUGUUCAUGCAUCGUUUGCACUCAACUGUUCGAAAUUAUGUGGAAAACCGGCCCCAUUUCCUUGGUUUUUCAUUCGAUAUGCUGUUUCCGGAUGAUUUGUUUCCAGCUAGCAGCAGUUCUGAUCCUCGACUUACUGUUGAUAUCUGGUCGAUUGGCUGUAUUUUUGGUGAGCUCAUCCGCGGUCGAGUUCUUUUUCCUGGUACGGAUCAUAUUGAUCAGUGGUCGAAAAUCGUUGAACAAUUGGGCACACCAGGACGAGAAUUUAUGCAGAAAUUACAAGCGACUGUGAGAAGCUAUGUGGAGAACCGUCCUAGACAUCCCGGUCUUCCAUUUGAGAUUCUGUUUAGUGAUAGCAUAUUCCCAAAGCCAGCAACCAACAGCGCACUUUGUCCAGCUCAGGCGCGUGAUUUAUUGUCAAAAAUGUUAGUAAUUGAUCCUGAAAAACGGAUAUCAGUGGAUGAAGCACUGAAGCACCCUUAUGUUUAUGUGUGGUUUGAUGAAGCAGAAGUUUAUGCACCACCCCCUGAACAGUACAGUCAUAUUAUUGAUUCCAGAGAUCAUACAGUAGAACAGUGGAAAGAGUUGAUAUUCAAGGAAAUCAUGCAUUACGAAAAAACGCAUGAUGAUUUUGGAAUGAAAAAAACCUUAAUUGAUCCAUCAGCAACUGCUGUGUUGUCAUCUUCAUCACAACAAAGCAGUGAACGCAAUGAUUCCUCCACAACAGGAGGCACUUUAGUUACAAAUGGCUUGUGA